AUGCUUGAUAUAUUUGCAUGAUCUGUCAUCAUGGUAGGUAACAGGUUUGACUAGUACGGCGAGUUGUAUCUUAUUGUUUUUAUUCUCAUUUAGUUUACUUUAGCUACUUUAACUGGUUACUAGUGUAUUCAGUGGUUUUUCGCGUGAAUAAUAGAGAUUUCCUUAAGCAAUGGAUUAAUUAAAAUUCCAAGAUGUACAUUUUGUCAAUUUUCCUGCUCCUUGGCGUUGUGUCAGGCCAGACCAGAGAGGGCGACAGCUGCGUGGAGGGCUACACAAACACAGUCGGCGUCUGUACCAAUGCAGAAAAAUGUAGAUCCGCCAAAGAGGAUUUCCAAAAGAACGGCAUCAACCCGACCUUCUGCAAAUACAGCCAGUUCGGAGUCACCAUCGUGUGCUGUCGGGACAACACCAACAUACUGAACACCGCGCCUCCUGCCAAGGACGAUGGACCACCGAUAUGGGGGAGCUCCAACACUAAUGGGCCGGACAACAGGAGAGUCAGUGAAAGAAAGUGCGAGCAGUACAGCCGAGGAGUAACAGAGAGGGUGGACUUCAUCCCGCUCCUCCCGAACCCAGAGACAAUGACUAUAUCCUCAGCAAAAUGUGACUACGCCGGCGUGGAGCUUAUCGUUGGUGGGGAGAAUGCUAACCAGGGAGAGUUCCCUCAUAUGGCAGCAAUAGGCUUCACGAACUUCGAGAACGGCUACUCGUUCAGCUGCGGCGGCAGCCUGGUGAGCGCGCGCUUCGUGCUGACCGCCGCGCACUGCACGCGCGACGCCAGCGCGCGCGACCCGGAGCCCGUGGUCGUGCGCCUCGGGGACCAGAACAUCGACCCAACUGUCAGUGAUGGCGCUGAGCCGGUCGAUGUAGCAAUCCGCAAGAUCCACAAACAUCCAGACUACAAGCCGCCGAAGCGCUACAAUGACGUGGCUCUGCUGGAGCUGGCCACGGCCGUGGAGUUCCAGGCGGCGAUCCGGCCCGCGUGUCUGUGGACGAGGCCCGGCUUCGGGGGACACACCAAAGCUUUGGCCACAGGAUGGGGCGUCGUUGACACCGUGACACAGCAGUCGUCCAAAGAACUGCAGAAAGUGUCCCUCUCGUUGCUGGAGAACAGCGUGUGCGGUCCACUGCUCGGGGACAUCAGGAACUGGGACGGGUUCGUGGACUCGCAGAUGUGCGCCGGGGAGCUGCGCGGGGGGCGGGACACCUGCCAGGGCGACUCCGGCUCCCCGCUGCAAAUCGCAUCCAAAGAAAACCAGUGCAUCUUUUAUGUGAUAGGAGUGACGUCAUUCGGCAAGAAAUGCGCUCAGAGCGGACAGCCAGCAAUCUACAGUCGUGUUUCAAGCUUUUUAGACUGGAUUGAGAGCGUAGUUUGGCCCGGAGAGUAAUACAACUAUAUAUAAAAUAAAUAUAUGUAUAAUACAGCCAUAGACAACCUGCAAUCACCUUACCACGAAACAUACAAAUAUAGCACGUUAAUCACGUCCACAUGCUGUGGGCGAAGUGUGGCUCUUUUCUCACCAUCGAAUCAAUUCGAAAUGAGACACAGCGAACCAAUCACAUUGCGCCAUUGUGACGCAACGACAACCACACUGCAAUGUGAUUGGUUCGCUGCGUCACACGUCGAAUCGAUUCGAUGGUGAGAGGUGAACAUGCAGAGCCGCACUUCGCCCUCUGUCUCUUUCUCCCGUAUCGUGUAUGCAGCGUGUAAAAAAGAGAGAAUAUGUGUAAGCACAAUCACGUGUUACGUGUUUCAUGGUAGGCCCCCAGUUCGUCAAACUUUGGUGGACUCGGCAUAUUUGCUACGCAACUAAGUACUACUUUUACGCUAUGUUCGUUCACGGCAAUGUUUAAAUAAUCUAUUUUUAGUUUUGGUUAAAUAUAUCAUUUCGUAAGGUAAUUACAGUUAAGUACUUUAAAGUGUAAUUUUAAAUAUUAAUUAUGAAUCAUAAUAAAAAAUAAAAUACAAAGUAAUUUUUGAUACAAGAUUUUGUA